CCGGUGGCGCGGGGCGGAGCUGGGCCGGGCCGAGCCGGGGAUGCGGUUCCCGGCGGCAGCGGCAGCCCUGAGCUGAACCCUCGAGGAGGUUGCUGAAGGGCCUCUUCACCCCAGCCCGUAGUAGGGGACACAAAGUCAGAAGUAUGUGCUAGAGAACGCUUUAUCCUGCUGCUGCUAUGAUGUAUGUGAGGGCCCUUCUGCACAUGCAGGUGAAGUUAAUAUAGUGCUGGUGAAGUUUCCUGGAUUCAGUACAUGGGAGACUGAAGCCCUCUAUUUCUCCUCAGAACAGUGCUAAAUGAAAAGAACAAACCAUGGGCAACCCAGAAAACAUUGGAGAGACGUAUGUUGCUGUGAUUCGUCCAAAGAACACUGCUAGCCUGAAUUCUCGGGAAUAUCGAGCUAAAUCAUAUGAAAUUUUGUUGCUUGAAGUUCCCAUUGAAGGGCAAAAGAAAAAAAGAAAGAAAGUUUUGCUGGAAACUAAACUGCAGGGAGGUACUGAAGUAACUCAGAGUAUUUUGGACUAUGUAUUAGAAACCACCAAACCAAUUUCACCAGCCAAUCAAGGUAUAAAAGGAAAGCGAGUGGUGUUAAUGAAGAAGUUUCCUCUGGAAGGGGAGAAGGCAGGCCAGGAAGCAUCCCUUUAUGUCGUUCCAGCAGUUGUCAAAGAUAAUACAAAAUAUACAUACAGUCCAGGAUGUCCAGUUUUCUACUGUUUACAGGACAUCAUGAGAGUCUGCAGUGAAUCCAGUGCUCACUUUGCUACACUUACUGCUAGGAUGUUAAUAGCCUUGGAUAAAUGGCUAGAUGAACGACACACACAAUCGCAUUCUAUCCCAGCUUUAUUCAGACCAUCACCUCUUGAAAGAAUUAAAACUAAUGUUAUAAACCCUGCAUAUGCUAUUGAACCUGGUCACACAGAGAGCUCACUGCACAUGGGCUAUACUGCAUUAGAAAUAAAGAGUAAAAUGUUGGCACUGGAGAAAGCAGAUAUGUGCAUCUAUAAUCCUUUGUUUGGGUCUGAUCUUCAAUAUACCAACAGGGUUGAUAAAGUGGUUAUAAACCCAUACUUUGGUCUUGGAGCCCCAGACUAUUCAAAGAUUCAGAUUCCAAAAAGAGAAAAGUGGCAACGCAGCAUGAGCAGUGUGAUGGAAGACAAGGAGCGCCAAUGGGUAGAUGAUUUCCCUCUUCAUCGCAGUGCCUGUGAAGGAGACUCUGAAUUACUGAGCCGCCUUCUGGAUGAAAACUUUUCAGUUAACCAGUUAGACAGUGACCACUGGGCCCCCAUUCACUAUGCAUGCUGGUAUGGAAAAGUUGAAGCCACUCGAAUGCUGUUGGAGAAAGGGAAGUGCAAUCCAAACCUACUCAAUGGACAACUUAGCUCUCCUCUUCAUUUUGCUGCCGGAGGAGGGCAUGCUGAAAUAGUGCAAAUCCUUCUCAAUCAUCCUGAAAUUGACAGACAUAUUACUGAUCAACAAGGAAGGUCUCCACUGAAUGUCUGUGAAGAGAACAAACAAAAUGAGUGGGAAGAAACAGCCAGACUGCUGAAGGAAGCCAUAAAUAAGCCUUAUGAAAAGGUGCGGAUUUAUCGAAUGGAUGGAUCAUAUCGUUCUGUUGAGUUGAAACAUGGAAACAAUACCACUGUACAGCAGAUAAUGGAGGGAAUGCGUCUGUCUCAAGAAACUCAGCAGUACUUCACUAUCUGGAUCUGUUCUGAAAAUCUUAAUCUCCAGCUGAAGCCAUAUCACAAACCUUUGCAACAUGUUCGUGACUGGCCUGAAAUACUCACUGAAUUGACCAACUUGGAUCCUCAAAGGGAAACCCCACAGCUUUUCUUGAGAAGAGAUGUGAGACUUCCUUUGGAAAUUGAAAAAAAGAUUGAGGAUCCACUGGCUAUCCUUAUCCUGUUUGAUGAAGCCAGAUAUAAUUUGCUGAAAGGCUUCUAUACAUCACCGGAUGCCAAGCUGAUCACCCUGGCAAGUCUGCUGCUACAAAUAGUCUAUGGAAAUUAUGAGAGUAAGAAACACAAACAGGGUUUUCUGAAUGAAGAAAACCUUAAGUCCAUAGUGCCUCUCACCAAACUAAAAAGUAAGGCUCCUCACUGGACAAACAGGAUACUCCAUGAAUACAAGAGUCUCAGUACCAGUGAAGGUGUAAGUAAAGAGAUGCAUCACCUACAGCGCAUGUUCUUACAGAACUGCUGGGAAAUUCCUACCUAUGGAGCAGCUUUUUUCACAGGACAAGUGUUCACCAAAGCAAGUUCAAGCAGUCAUAAAGUCAUCAGAGUGUAUGUAGGAGUAAACAUAAAAGGCUUGCAUCUCCUUAAUAUGGAAACUAAGGCUUUACUCAUCAGUCUAAAAUAUGGUUGCUUUAUGUGGCAGUUAGGAGAUGGAGAUACCUGUUUUCAAAUCCACAGUCUGGAAAACAAAAUGAGCUUUAUAGUGCAUACAAAACAGGCUGGUCUGGUCGUAAAACUGCUGAUGAAAUUAAGCAGCCAGUUACUGCCUAGUGAAAGAAAUGACUGACAGAUAUGGAUGGUGGUUUAGGAUUACUCAAAAAUAACUGUAUUUUCAUCAAAAUAGACUUUCACACAUGAGUUUUGCAUGAAAAAUGUGAAAGUUUUAUAGACAUUUUUUACCUUGUACAAAAGCUGCAUGGUUUAUUUUUUUAAACAAAUGUAUGUAUCAUAAUUAUUUGUAUAAAGAUAUUUUCCUGUAUAAGCUAUUCUAAGUUUUGAGCUAAAACCUAGUAAUAAAGAUAUUGACAUGAAAACAGGUAUGCCAAAAUUAGCAUGUGUGGACCAAAUAAAAUGCAGUAUACUUCUGUUCCCAACGGAUUCUGUAAGUUUUACAUGCAACUAUUAUUAGGUACAUAAAAUCUGAAUGUACCUAUUAUUAACUUUUAGGUAAUGCUGUGGAAUACAGUAAAAUCUUUACAGUUGAUGAUAACCUUUGUUAGGCAACCUGCUUGUUAAAAAGAGGAAUUACUGAGUAAACUCUACUCCAGCUUCAUUAAGAGCCUUACCAGUCUUUUACGUAAUUACUUUUGAUGUGUGUUUAAUUUGUUUUUUGUUACAUUUGCUAAGAUUUGAUUGGACUUGAAAGAGUUUUUUUAUACUUAAAAAUACAUACCAGUAUUAUUUUAGAAUAUUGCACAAGGAGAGCUAAUAGGAAAUAUAUACUAAAAUUUUCAGAAGCCAUAAGUGUGUAGCAUAGUUACUGUUUUAAAAUUACUGGCUAUUUACUUUUGCUAUACAAUUCAAACAAGUUUAUGCUUAAAAAUAGAUUUGUAAAAUGCUUCCAUUACACAGAAGA